GGACGCUCUUAGGGUUUUAUUUUUUUUCUAUCCGGGUGGUUUCUUAGAAAACAGCUGCAUGCGAUGGGUUUGAAAAGUAAAGAAAGAAGAAGUGAAGAAAUCCCCGAGGAAGAAAAACUGGCUAAGAUCCCUAAAACUGAGGAUGAUACCGUCAUUAGCUCUGAGGUGAUGAAGAAUGCUCUGGAAAAAUGGACUUGUUAUCAUGAUAUGGCGAAGAUUGUGGAACCCUGGGUUGAUAAUGCGAUUCUAGAGAAGAUGCCAGAUCGUGGUUAUAAAAAUCGCAGUCAAGUAUAUGAGGAUUUUUGCAUCCUCAACUCUCUUCAUGCUAAGCUGAAAGCUGAACGCCAAGCGCGUAUCCUCACCAUUGCACUCUAUGAGGCUGAGAUCUUACACACCUAUGCCCUGAAGACAAAAUACAAGAUACUUGUUAGUUUUGAAAGGAUGUUAGAGGAUACCACAGACCUGAGCGGCCAUGAAAAUUGGAUACGACAAAAGUUAGAGAAUCGUAAUACUAAGAAGUUCCUGAAAAAAUUCAAAGGUGACCUAAAAGUUACUAGGUCCCAUUUGAAAGAUUGGGGAGGUGAUGUUAAGAGUGCGGUGGAAGAAAAAACGAAGAAAAAGCUGCAGCUUCUCAGGAGUUAUUCACGCAGUGCAAAUGAAUUUCAUGCCGGUAACUUUGAUGACAGGAAAAAAGAAUUCGAGUCAGUCGAGAAAGAAAUCGCUGAUGGAUCAGCCUGCAUUGAUGCUGUAAUCGAGUCUUGUGAAACUUUUGGUGUGACACUUCGCAGAGUUAAGUUGGCAACUGGUGGAUUAAUGCGGAGAGUAUUUUUCCAUUUACCCGCUGAUAAUGAUCAGUUGAUCCUGAUAAAAUCUUAUGUAUUGCUUCAAAAGAAGGAUCUUGUACAAAAGUGGAAUGAGCAGGAGCGAAACCGGACGCGCUAAAGAAACAUAAUCAACAAGAUUUUGUGUUGCUUUUAAAAAUCAUAGAAGUGCUCUAGUAUCUUUUUCAGUUUAUAACAACAUUGUCUUUUUAUUUUGUAUUACUAAAAGCACUUAAAUUAUGUAUGGGAUUUCAGCAUUUGGAAGUGGUAUAGAACUAAGUCCUUUUUCUUUACCAGAAGCACUUAAUUGUGUAUUGUUUAGCAUUGGGAAGUGAUAUAAAUCCAAGCUUUUCAAAGCAGAAUUAUGCAUGUUAUCUCUGGAUAUUACUCAAGAGUUGCAUGAUUGAGGAGACUAUAAAACUGUUUUGUAUUUUCCCUCUUCUUAAUGGGCAACAAUAUUUUCACCCUUUACAAUUCAUCGAGGACUAAGAUAAAUAGCUGAGUCAUGGCUGGGAAUGA